CCUAGCGCAGUGUAGAGCUGAGGGAAAGAGAGAGAAGAGGAGGAGGAGGGAGGGAAGAAGACGAACGGGAAUCCGAGGCGUGAUGGCGGCCGCCGCUGCUGGUGCUUCUAUGGGGCCGUCUUCCUCCAUGGAGCUGAAGGCCUCAGGGACCAGCCUUGGCUGAGCGGGACCGAAGAAGAGAGGCCCUGCCAGGCUGCGGCCUUAAGCUGCCUUUGAGGGAGAGAGAGAGAGGGACUCUCCUGGGAAGCGAGGCUGAGGGAGACCGGGGCCGAGAGAGAGAGAGAGAGGAGGGCUAAAGGGAGGCCUUUAGGGCAGAGUUGCUGCCAGGGAGCCUGGAAGUCUUGUGAGAGUUGUGUCUUGAUUGAGGCGCUGCUGGGAUCGUAUUCCUUUUACAAAACGAAAGGCAGGAUGAGGAGAGGCUUCCUUGGGUUUUAAGGAGAGCUUGGGUUUGAACACAUAUAGAUAUCUAUAGAUAGAUAGAGAUAUAGAUAGGCUCCAGGAGUUCAUCUGAGAUCUAUUUGUCUAUCUAUAGAUAGAUCCUAUUAUUAUCUUUCAAUCAAAGACCCGAGAGGGAGAGUCUUCAUUGGGCUUUAAGGAGAAGUUGGGUCUGGGCAGAUAUAUAUUGACUACAGGAGUUCAUUAUACAUCUAGAUAGAGAGAUACAUAGCGGUUGGGUCUGUGGACCACAGGGGUUCGUCUUAGAUAUAUUUGGGGUUGUGUUUGUUGGGGAAGGGAGUCAUGCUGGACUUUCAGGUCAGGUUUAGCUGACACUUCAAAGGUGCGCAAAGUGAAGGACCGCCCUUGGAAGGCCCUUGGAGGGGUUUGAGUGGCAGGUGUGGAAGCAAUGACUGGUGCUAGAGACUGAGAGUUGGGAUUACUUUAAUGUGGAAGUCCGGAUUCAUUUCAAGCUGUUGGUAGCAUGAGCUGCGGCUUCUCUGUUUAGCUCCGGCCAAGACGUUUCCUCCGGCGUCGCUCCCGGAUCCAUCCCCGCUCGCUGUCUUCCUUUGGCCUGGUUUCCCCUCAAGCGUCUCUGAUGCCAGAACAAGGCCCCAGAAUGAACGGUUUCUCUCUGGGGGAGCUGUGUUGGCUCUUCUGCUGCCCGCCCUGCCCCAGCCGCAUCGCUGCCAAGCUGGCUUUCCUGCCCCCGGAGCCCACUUACACGGUGAUGCAGCCGGAACAGCAGGAAGGAGGGGCGGCCGUGGGGACGCCAACCGGAAGCUGCAGCCUGCACUUGACUGAGCGCGCAGACUGGCAGUACUCCCAGAGGGAGCUGGACGCUGUGGAGGUCUUCUUCUCGCGCACGGCCCGCGAUAACCGGCUGGGAUGCAUGUUCGUGCGCUGCGCUCCUUCCAGCCGGUAUACACUGCUCUUCUCCCACGGCAAUGCUGUCGACCUGGGCCAGAUGUGCAGCUUCUACAUCGGCUUAGGCUCCCGCAUCAACUGCAACGUCUUCUCCUACGAUUACUCCGGUUACGGAGUGAGCACUGGCAAACCAUCGGAAAAAAACCUUUACGCGGACAUCGACGCGGCUUGGCAGGCCCUCAGAACAAGGUAUGGUGUCAGUCCUGAAAACAUCAUUCUGUAUGGACAAAGUAUCGGAACUGUUCCCACUGUAGACUUGGCAUCUCGGUAUGAGUGUGCAGCUGUAAUCCUUCAUUCACCCUUGAUGUCUGGGUUGCGGGUAGCUUUCCCGGACACUAGGAAAACAUACUGCUUUGAUGCUUUCCCAAGCAUUGACAAGAUUUCUAAGGUUACCUCUCCUGUCUUGGUGAUUCAUGGUACCGAAGAUGAAGUAAUAGAUUUCUCACAUGGUUUGGCAAUGUAUGAGCGAUGUCCCCGAGCGGUGGAGCCCCUCUGGGUGGAAGGGGCUGGUCACAACGACAUAGAGCUUUAUGCACAGUAUCUAGAACGACUAAAACAGUUCAUAUCUCAUGAACUCCCUAACUCCUGAAGAAAACCUACUUGAUCUCUUUUUUCUUUUUUCUUUUUUUACCUCAGUUAACUGUGAAUGGAAGAAUUUACCUGUUUUUGCACACGCAUUAACUGGAUUAGCUGUAAUAGCUUUAUAACUAUGAAGAAAUGCCCUGACAUUUGGGUGGAUCCAAGCAAAUCUUGACUGUCUUUUUUAUAUCAGGAAACUAUUGUAAUAGUCACUACUGUAAUCCCCCAAUUUUGUUUUGUUUUGUUUUGUUUUUUACCUUCAUUAACACUAGAAAGAGAUGGAGUUGUGGAACAAAAACUAGCUUUGAACAUGAGGAUAUUACUAGUCCAAUAUAAUAUUUCCAACCUUUUUCCUUUCCUGCCCAUGAUUUGUCUCCUUUUUGAAAACUCUUCCCACAAUUUGGAAUGCAAGCAAGUCUGCACCUCAGCUUCCUAUUUGAUUUAUGGAUUUGGUCUAAGAGCAUCAUGUUACUCUCCAUGUACCAUUUUUAGCUGUGCUAUUGUAACUGGAACGUUUUUGUGGUGAUUUCUUAUUGUGGUUUGGGGGAUUUCUUUUCUCUCCCCUCCUUCUUUUUUGAGGCAAUGUUGCCUUCCUCAGUAAAUUAAUUAAUAAAUCCCAAGUACAUUCAUCAUUUAUAAAUGGAGCUAAUUCUGGAAGAUUUCAUCAAUUUUCUGCAUAUUUAGAAAAUGAAAUAUUGUUAAAGGUAUAAUGACUACAUGGCUAACCCUUUUCAUUCUUUUUACUUAAAAUAUGUACAUUUACUAAGCCCCAGUAUUCAGAUGAUGUCUGCAGUCUGAAUAAGAGCUAACUUUUGCAUUUCUUUGUGUAAAGCAUUCCUUAUAAGAGGUUUUUAAAGAAAAUUGUACAUAAGUGAAUUUACAUUAUGCAUAAUUCCUGAACAGUAGUUUUAAAUUUAAGUCUAGUUAACAAAUUCUGGUUUGUAUAUGGAUAUGUUUUGUUAUAAGUUUUUAUCCCUGCAUUAUUUUGCUAUUAAAAUUUUUAUAAGAUUUCCAAGACAACUAAAAAAAAUUUACACAUUUACUUUUGAUGAAUUUAUGUAAGAUACUUUCAUUAAAACUGAUCUUUUUUUGUUUAGGGAAAUUUUUUCAUUCUCAGACACUGGAAUCGCACUGAAUAUGCAAGACACUUAAAAUCAUAACACUAUGAGGCCUGUGGGGUUUCCCCCCCACAUGGAACGGCCUUAAAUGUACUGUAAGCCUCUGAUUGUUGUAAAAAUGGAUUGCGAUUGAUUAUGGUUUGUGUACUUGUUGCCAGAAUGCAACAACAGUGGUUGUAAUGGAAUAAAGGAUGCAUGGAGUAAAGAA